UAGUCGAGAGUCUAUGAAAAGCUUGUAAAAGCCAUAGAAACUGGUUUCAGUCUAACCAUCAGCGACAGCCUCAACAAGACAGCAGUUUACACCCAGCCAAAGACAGAAUGAGUGCUAACAGAACUGGGGAACCACCUCCAUAUGUCAUUCCAGUAGAGGGUGCCAAGGGCUCCAAUGUCAAGGUCUACCAUGUGCACACUCCAUUCAACCCACCAAGCUCCAGUAUUGAAGAUUCUCGAAACCAGAUGGAAUCAGCCAGACCUGUUCAGUCAACGGAAGCCAAAAACAAAUUCGUCAGCUACGAAUCAUAUGAGCUGGGUCGCAAUCCAGGAAUGGCCACCUGCACAACCUGCCAACAGCAGGUCUUAACCAAUGUCACCUACAAAGUGGGGGUUUACGCCUGGUUGAUGUGCUUACUCUUCAUCCUGUGCGGGUUUAUUUUGUGCUGCUGUCUGAUUCCGUUCUUCAUGAAGUUUUUCAAAGACGUCUAUCACACAUGCCCGAAAUGCAAUAAGAUCCUGCACAUUGAAAAGAAGCGAUGCUGCUAACCCUUAUCCUAACCCUUCCCCAAUUUUAACACCACUCAUGGAUUUGUAUGGCACCUUAAACUACAUGAAGGACACUUUCGGGCCAACACAGAUGUCAUCUAGUACAAAUUUGAUUGUAUAAACUAAUGCUUUGCAAUCUUUGUAACUCAGAACCUUUUGAUGUUCAUCUGGCUUAGUCUUUAUUAUUACAUUAUUACACUCUCAAAUGAAUAUGAAUAUACUCAUUCUGAUUGUAUAUCUAUAAAGGACUCAGGGUUAAGGCUUCAGAGGGUUGAGGAGUUUGUGGAACCAAAAAUUUUAUUUUUACAUCACAUAAUGUAAAUAUCAGUAAUUUUGGCAUCAACUGGUUUCAUGAAGAACCUUUAACAUCCAUGGAAACUUUCCAGUUGGACAAAAGGUUCUUUAUAAUG